AAGAAGAGGCUCGCACGAGGCGACCAUACGACGUCAUCAAAACGCGUCUGUUUUCGUGUGGUUGUGCGGUUCGAAGUAGAGACUGCUUUUUAAUGGUGUUUUGUAAAUAGUAGAGGAGUUUAAAAUGCCUAUGAAAGGAAAGUUCCCAAUCAGGAGGACCCUGGAAUAUUUGCAAAAGGGCGACAUCAUCUUUAAACCCAGUGUGAAGAUCAUGACGGUGAAUUACAAUACAUACGGAGAUCUCAGUGACGGAGCAAGGAAGUUUGUGUUCUUCAAUAUUCCUCAGGUUCAGUACAAAAACCCGUGGGUCCAAAUAAUGAUGUUCAAAAAUAUGACACCAUCACCAUUCUUGAAGUUCUACCUCGAUGAUGGGGAGCAAGUACUGGUGGACAUAGAAGGGAAGGAUCACAACCUAAUUUCACAACAUGUGAAGAAGAUUUUGGGCAAAUCACAACACAUGUUAGACACAGAGGCUCAAGCCAAGAUGCAGGCCUCCAACCCUGCCAACUUUGGCCCAAAGAAGUACUGUCUGAGGGAGUGUAUCUGUGAGGUGGACGGCCAGGUGCCGUGUCCUGGGACCACACCGUUGCCCAAGGAGAUGACAGGCAAAUAUCGAGCCAAGAUGGCAGCAUCACAGGAGUAAAAAGCUGAGAAAGAGAGCAGUUGAUUUACUGGACAAUAUUAGUGAUGCAUUUUAUCAACUAUGACGUAAAAGGACUACCAACAUUGCACAUUCUGUAAAUAUGCCUUGUGUUUGCGCAUGAUGUGGCCUGGUUUAAGACUCUUCACAUUUGGAUGUGAUUUACAUCUAUCGGUGUGAAUACUGCGAAGUAAACGUUCAAAUAAAAACCAGUUGCUGGUGUGGCUAAGUAA